AUGAGCCAUUCUGAAAGUUAAAUGAACGAAGUGCUCGUUGAAGAAGACAAAAAAGAUUAAAAUGAAAGCCCAUUUGAAUAAAUGAGCUUUAUUUCUAGAAUUUUAUUUUCAUGGGUCAAUCCUCUGCUGAAAAAAUCUUAAAAAGCAGAUCUUAAUCAAGAUGACAUAUUUAAACUGAGCAAAAAGGAUUCAAGCUAAGUAAACUUUGAGAAAUUCAACAAAAUCUUUGAAGAAGUGCUUAAUGAUCCAAAAAUUACCUUAAAAAUCAGGACAACAUUCUACAGAAUGUUUAAAAAGGAAAUUGCUAUUGUCUGUCUUUUGUAUUUCUUAACUCUAGCAGGUUUAUUGGUAAAUUUGCUUGCUAUCUAGUUAUUACUAUCUGCUAUGAACUCUGAUGAUAGAGGUUAAUCUAUUUCACCUCUGUUGCCAGGAAUAUUUGCAUAACUAGUUAGUAUUCUCUUUCAAUCAAUAAUAAGAACAAACUACAACUUUUACUAUAGUUUACUUACUAUAAGAAUGACAGGUGCCCUAAGCAUUAAGAUAUUUGAAAAAUGUUAUACUUAUCCAAUUCUUAGAAAUUAAUAUUAUAAGAUUGGUGAUAUUCUUAAUUUUAUUUAAGUAGAUAUACUUCAGGUGGUUAAUUACAUAUAAAAUAUAAUUAUCCUUUCUUUCUCUUUUCCUCUUGUUGCAAUUGCUAUUAUGUUUGUAGCUUUAGGUCUUUAAAAGAUUGAUAUAAUUUUAAUCAUGCUUGGUUGUGCUAUUGUAUAUGUGAUUAUUGCUUUCGUUUUUGGAAGAUUCUAUGGAUCAAUCUACAAUAAAUUUAUGCAUAAAAAAGAUUUGAGAAUGAGAUCUUUAGAGGAAAUGUUCAGAGGCAUUAAGACAAUCAAGUAUAAUAGUAUGGAGUCUUACUUUAAUGAUAGAAUUAAGGAUAAAAGAGUUAAAGAAGUGUAAAAUUUGAGAAACCUAAACUUUUUGUCUACAGUGAAUAACCUUGUUACCAAUUCAAUUAAUGUUUUAUACAUUUUAAUCGUUUCAUUUUUAUUUGGCAUAAAUACUUAUGAAAACUAUUUGUUGAUAACUACUUCAUUCACUACUGUGCUAGUCUACAUUAUGGCUAUGCCUGGUGCAAUCUAAGGUAUAGUGGUAGGUAAGAACUCUAUGAAAAGAAUAGAUCAUUUUUUAUCUGAAAGCUAUGUCUAUGCCCAUAGAAAAUAAAUUUAAUAUCAGAAUGGUUAUAAUAUAAACUCAAAUGAAGAUUAAACUCAAUAGUUUUCUAUUGUUUUGGAUAAUGCUAAUUUUGAAUGGAAAAGCUCAAUCGAUGUUUCCUAAUUGGAAAAAUCUGUAAAACUUAACAAAAAAGAGAGGUUAUCUUUGUCAAUAGCUUCUAAAAACUUUAGCGUGAAAAACUUAAACUUAAAAAUAAAAAAUGGCCAAUUUGUUGUUUUUUGUGGAGAUCUGGGCUGUGGUAAAAGUUCAAUUUUGCAAGGUAUCCUUGGUGAAAUGGAGGUUAAAGGAGGAUAGAAAGCCUAUGAAGAAAUGGUAUAAAUAAAUGGUAAAGUAAGCUUAAGUACACAAGAACCAUGGAUCAUAUAAGGCACAGUUAAAGAAAAUAUAAUAUUUGGUUAAGAGUAUAAUCACUUAAGGUAUAAAUAAGCACUGCAAGCAAGUUGCUUAGAAGAAGAUCUGACUUAUUUUGUAGAUGGUGAUUUAACUAACAUAGCAGAAAAGGGUGACUCUUUAUCAGGAGGUUAAAGAAAAAGAAUUAACUUAGCUAGAGCUAUCUAUAAAGAUUCUGAUAUUUAUUUUCUAGAUGAUCCUUUGAGCGCAUUAGACAUAGGUGUUGCUACAUUUAUUGCUAGAGAAUGUUUUAACGGGAUGCUCAAAUCUAAAACAAGAGUAAUCUUUGUGAACAACCUUAUUGGAAUGGAAAAUGCCGAUAUAAUAUAUAUCAUAAAAGAUGGAGAAAUAGUAUAGUAAGGAAAAUACUAACAAAUCAAAAAUUUCUUAAACAAAGAUGAGAAUCCUGAAUAAAAAGAAUAAGAAGAAGCAAAUGAAAGAAAGCAAUCUUAGGUCAUUUUUAAAAGCAACGUUAAAUAGAACCAAUAAAGUUCCAUCGAACCCCUUACUAAAAAGUUAAUUCAAGUAGAAGAUAUUCAAUCAGGAACAAUCAAAAAAGAAAUCUACUUUGAAUUCAUCAGGACUAUUGGAGGAUAUAAAUUUGUCUUAGCCUUUUUCAUAUUGCUUUCUGCUAUGGUUGGAGUUAGUAUGCUAUCUACUCUUACAACAUCAAAUAUGAAAAAUAUUAAAGACCCAACAUAGAAAGAAAAAGAUGAUCAAUUCAAAUUAAUUAUGUACUUCUGCAUGUAUGAAUUUAUAAAACUGAUCAUUAUUUUCGCAUAUGAGUCACUUUUUGUGUUUACAAUGAUUUAUCUCUCUAAGUUUUUACACAACACAACUGUUUAUAAGCUUUUAAAAGCAUCUUUUACUAAAUUUUACAAUAUAGUCACUACUGGUCGUUUGAUGAAUAGAUUAUCCAAAGAUAUAUAUGAAAUAGAUAUUUUCAUUUAACAAGAUUUAAAAACUAUCAUGAUAAAUAUCGCUUUACUUAUUGUCAGUUUUACAAUCUGCUGUUACAUUGGAAAUAUAAAAGUCAUUCCUAUUGUAAUUGUUUAUUUAUUUAUUGGAAUCUAUCUAGCCUUUUACUUUAUUAAAGCAAAGAGAUAAACUGUUAGAAUAGAGGCAACUUCUAAAAGCCCUAUUUUAAAUUGCCUUUCUGAAUACAUAAGAGGAAUAUUUUACUUGAGAAAUUGUAUUGAUUAUUAAAGUGUAAAGAGUAAAUACUAGUAAGCAGUAGAUUUAGAUCUUAGCAACCAAAUUUCAGUUAAUGGUGUUUAAAAUUGGUUUGAAUGUAUUAGCUCUUUGAUUUCUGUUUUUCCUUUGAUUGUUUGUGGCACAAUUAUGUAUUUUGAUACCAGUACUGAUGUAAACAAUGCUACAGUAAUCUCUCAAAAUAUUUAAUCAGCAUCCUCCUUUUUUAUAAAUCUUGCUGCAAUUUAUAUUUAAGUUGAAACUCAUAUGGUUAAUUAUGAAAGAUGCUAAAAAUUAAAAGAAGGAAUAGUUGAAGAAGACUAUAAUGCAAAUUUAAAUGGCUCAAGAAUUUCAAAUAAUUCUUAAUCUUCAAUGGUGAGCUAAAAUUCUGAUAUAUAAGAGAUUAACAAUCAAAGCUAAAGGAAAAAUAAAGUUGAAAUAUAAUUUAAAAAUGCUUGCUUUAUAUAUAGAGAAAAUCUACCAAAUUGCUUAUAAGAUUUAAAUAUUAAAAUGGAAAAUAACUAAAAAAUUGGAAUUGUAGGACGUACUGGUGCAGGUAAAACUUCAAUUACUCUAGCUCUUACUAGAAUAAUAGAUUUAGUUUCAGGAGACUUGAUUAUAAAUGGAAAAAGUAUCAAGUAAUAUUCCUUAUAAGAACUGAGAGGCAUCAUAAGUGUGGUUAGUUAAGAGUCAUAUAUUUUUGAAGGUACUCUCAAACAAAAUUUAGAUCCCUACGAGAAAUAUUCUGAAUAGUAAAUCUUGCAAGUCUAUUAAUAAUGUGGAUUUUCAGUGUUUUCAUCUUUUAAAAAAGGACUUUAAACUGAAAUUAAAUAACUGGGUGAAAAUCUUUCUGAAGGUGAAAAGUAGUUAGUCAGUAUUGCAAGAAUCCUCCUUAGAAAAAAUAAAAUUAUUAUUGUAGAUGAGCCAACAAGUCAUAUAGAUGAGAAGAUGGAAUAACAUAUUACUAAAAUCUUAAAUGAAAACUUCAAAGAUUGUUUGAUGAUUACCAUAGCUCACAAAAUAAAAACCAUCCUUGAAAGUGAUAAAAUACUUGUUUUGGAUCACGGAAAAGUAGUGGAAUACGAUCACCCUAGUGUUUUAUUGUCUAAUGAGAAGUCUCAGUUCUCUGAAAUCCUUAAAUUGAUCAACAAAAAUAGAAUUAAUUGA